AUGGAGAAUCUUUAUCGACUUCCGUUUACUAUUGUGCAGUGCCCGAAUUUGAAAUUAAAAAAGCCGUCAUGGAUUCGAAAACCUUCAAAUACAGUGGUUUUAUUUGGUUUACUUGUUUCUUAUUUUCUCGUCACUGCCGGUGUCAUUUAUGAUAUCAUCGUAGAACCACCAAGUGUUGGUAGUACAACGGAUGAAUAUGGUCAUCAUAAACCAGUGGCUUUCAUGGCAUGGCGUAUUAAUGGCCAAUAUAUUAUGGAAGGGCUUGCUGCUUCAUUUAUGUUUACGUUAGGUGGUCUUGGAUUUAUUUUACUUGAUCAAACCAAUAAACCGAAUAUGCCACGUCUUAAUCGGGUAUUGAUGAUUAUUUGUUCAUUUAUCUUUAUUCUUGUUGCAUAUUGUGCUACUAAAAUUUUUAUUCGCAUCAAGAUGCCAAGUUAUUUAACUUGA